AGAUAAAAUGAGCAAAAAAAAAGAUAACGAUGCAAUCACACUAAAUGGAUCAUUACAAAAUGACACUUAUCAAAUUACUUAACAAUAAAAUUUAAAUAAAACUUAAUAUAAAUAUUAAAUUUAAACUAACAACGUAAUACAUCUCCCGUUAACCUCACAAAAAGUUUUUUAAAAGGAAACAUGGGGCCCAAAAAAUGUAAUGAUUAAUUGAAAGGCAAUUUCACCGCAUCCCAUUUCUGGAGGGUUUUGCCCAGAGAGAGAUUGCUCUUGUGCAAUUUUUUUGUCUUGUUUAUUGCAGGCCCUGUGAAAUUUUUAUCUUGGUUUAUGGUGGCAACAUUGUUUCUUAUCCGAUCUAUUUCAGCUUGGUUCCUCCAAUUGAUCGCAUGCAUGGGUGGCUGUCUGGGAUCCAGUAGUAAAACCAAAUUAACUUCUUCAGUUCAUGAACCACUGAAUGGGCAGAAACAUCUAGAUCAUUUAGUACAUAAAGCUAAACUAUCUGCGGACUUUUGGACAACUAGCACGUGUGACAUGGAUAACCACAGUGCAGCUCAGUCACGAGGAAGCAUCUCGUCAAUUAGUACAUCUACUCAGACACACGAUGCUCAUGGCACUGCAAAUACGACAAACCAUUCUGAAUUUGUAAAUCAUGUUGGAAUGCUACCUAUGAUAGUCUGCUGGGGAGCAACAAGCCAUUUGCCAAGCCUAUCCCACUUGCUGAAGGAAUGUAUGAUUAAGAUGUUGCAAGCAAAGGCUGCGGGACAAAUUGUCAAGGGAGUAGGUCUAGGAUGAUCUAAACUUGAUUUGCUUCGAAGAGGUUUCUGGAUAUGGGGUGUUUUGUAAAUGAUAUGUAAUCUACUUGGUGUACAUUUAAACGAACGAUUGUGCUGGGAAACCUGUUGACGUUUAUAAAAACUAUGGACUCUUCUGGUUCU